ACUCCUCUCCCCCUCACACACCCUCCCUCUCACCAUUGCAAAGCCACUAGAGAUCGAGAAGAAGAAGAGGAGGAGGCGAGCUCCGUUUGGUGCGAGGCGCCGCCGCGCGCUGCGGGCCUCUCCUCCUCCCCGCGCGCUCCACUCCACCAUGCUUCCGAGCCGGCAGAGAAGCAUCUUCCAUCUCGGGGAGGAGGGUGGCGGCGCCGCCGACGCCGAGCACCUCGGCGCUGACCACGGCGACGGCCAUGGCGAUCACGGUAUCAUCAGUAUCCACCAGCAGCGCCUUCGUGUCGUCGGGCUGCAGAUCGUCCUCGCCCAGACGAGGCACCACCACCGCCAGCAGCACGGCCAUGUCGUCCUCAAGCAGAUGCAGAUGGUGUCCCCGCCGCCGGCGGCGCGUCACCGGCGGCGGCGGCGUCCUUGCGGUGACUUCUUGAGCGCGUGCUCCCUGUGCAGGCUGGAGCUCGGCCCCGACAAGGACGUGUACAUGUACAGGGGUGAACAGGGGUUCUGCAGCGAGGAGUGCAGGUGGCAGCAGAUCAUGACGGACGAGGCGAGGGAGCGGGACGCCAUGGCCAAGAAGGAGCGGCUAGGCCUGCAUCAUCGGACGCCGCGGCCGCCGCCGGCGGCGAUCCGCGGCGGCUCGCCGAGGAGACUACUCGCCGUAGCCUAGCACGAGCGAAGUACAGUAUGCUAUACUUGAUGAGACCGUGACCCAUGCUUGGAUGAUAUAUGAUCAAAAGAAAAUUUUCUACUGUACUCUCUGUAAAAUAUGGAGAAAUCGAUGUAAUUAAGAAAAACUUGAUAAGGAGGAAGGAGAGAGAGAGAGAGAGAGAGCCAGGUUUUGAGUAAUUUGAGGCAAAUUUGAGGAAACGUAUACGCAUAACUGCAUGCAGUUUCAUAUUUCAAAUGAACACGAAAUGUUUGGUGGGGGAAAGAAGCUUUCCAGGUCUCAUGGGUACAAGUGUGCAACUUAACUGUAACCUGCUCCUGCUUAUGUGCAAAAAACCUGGUAAAUUCUGGAUAAA